ACCGUUGGGUGAGUGACGUGAGACGCAGACUGCGUGCUGAGUGUGGGCAGGAAGAGAGCGCGCGCGGCGGCGGUUGUACCACUUUAACGACUACGAGAACCGUGAACAUUACCGUGUGAUAUAUAUAUACUCCUGGGGGUUCAACAUGCCACUCUGUUAACGCUGGGUUUGCGUUCUGAACCCCUGUUCAAUUCGCACAUUUGAACAGACAUUGUGCGACCACGCCCCGUUAUCCACGUCUAGCCCCACCGGAAAACCGCUCGUGGAGGCACAACGAGCGGCGCUGCGUGCCAUUUGAAACACAGCAGGGCUGCGGCGGGCUCGCGGCUUCGGAGUGCGUUCCAAAAGGAAGCCGAGAAGGAGGAGGAGAGGAGAGGAUAGAAGCCUGAGUUGGGCUUCUUCUUGAGUGCCUGCUGAACCAUGAGAGAAUACAAAGUGGUGGUUCUGGGCUCCGGAGGAGUUGGCAAAUCUGCCAUCACUGUCCAGUUCGUGACGGGUUCAUUCAUAGAGAAGUACGACCCCACGAUAGAGGACUUCUACAGGAAGGAGAUCGAGGUGGACUCCUCGCCGUCCGUCCUGGAGAUCCUGGACACGGCGGGCACGGAGCAGUUCGCGUCUAUGCGGGACCUGUACAUUAAAAACGGCCAGGGGUUCAUCCUGGUGUACAGCCUGGUGAACCAGCAGAGCUUCCAAGACAUCAAGCCCAUGAGAGACCAGAUCAUCCGGGUGAAGAGGUACGAGAGGGUGCCCAUGAUCCUGGUCGGCAACAAGGUGGACCUGGAGGGGGAGAGAGAAGUGUCGUCAGGCGAGGGGAAGGCUCUGGCGGACGAGUGGAAAUGCCCGUUCAUGGAGACCUCAGCCAAAAAUAAGAGCUCUGUGGACGAACUGUUUGCAGAGAUAGUCCGGCAGAUGAACUAUGCCUCUACACCCAAUGGCGACGACCAGUGCUGCUCGUCUUGUGUCAUUCUUUAAAAAAGGAAAAUAUCAACGUUUUUUUGUUGUUAUGGUCAAAUGGCAAUGUUUGUUGCAGGAAGUCCGUGCCGUUGAGUUCUUCUUCUUCGUGUCUCACCCCAGCUUUAGAGGAAUGCUGAGCGAGGAGGAGAAGGAGGAGGAGCGAGAGGAGGGGAGCGUGAGAGGAGAGGAGAGGGCUCCACCCCUCAGCAGAUCGGCUGGCUUGGACUCUCUGUGUGCAGGAGGAUCAAUGUCCCACCAUGGAUACCAACACAGUAUCAAGUCCAUAGUUUCCACUGCCCUCGACUGCACUUCCAUGUUACAACUGGAAACGUCUCCCUAGC